GCGCAGCCCCGUUGCGGUGGUCGGGUCGCAGCCUCAUGGAUCCGGAGGGAGACGGCGCGGCCUCGCGGGGAUACCGAGCGCGUUACUCCAACGAGGAGCAGCGAGCGGUCAUGUUGCCCUCAGCCCCCGAGAGCGGAGGCACCGGGAGGGGCAGCGGCAGCGGCAGCGGGAGCAGGAGGGGCACCAGGAGGGUUAUUGUUGGGGUAGUGCUCUUGUGUAUGUUAAUUAUACUCCUUGGGCUUGGCCUUGGGUUUGGACUAAGAUCGUGUGCUCCAAAAACAGCUCAAUUGUGGAGGUGCACGAACAUGACCUGCGGUGAGAAGAGUUCAUCAAAGAGUCUCUGUUCAUGUUCUAACAAUUGUAUUCAGGAGAAAAAUUGUUGCACCAACUAUAAAAGUAUUUGUAGAGGUGAAAAUACCUGGCUGCAGGAUACACAUGAAAAUAUUGAUAAGCCAGAGUGUCCAGAAGGAUUCAAUCGAAGUCCGGUUAUUUUGGUUUCAUUGGAUGGAUUCCGAGCUGAUUAUUUGCACAAGUGGAGGAAUGUUAUGCCUGUUCUCGAUAAACUGAGUAACUGUGGAACAUAUGCCUCACACCUGAUACCAGUGUAUCCAACUAAAACCUUCCCCAACCAUUACUCCAUUAUCACAGGGCUGUAUCCAGAGUCUCAUGGUUUGAUUGACAAUAAAAUGUAUGAUGUGCAGAUGAAUGCUAAUUUCAGUCUACGAAAGAAAGAGAAAUUCAAUCCCGCUUGGUACAAAGGGGAGCCUUUGUGGCUAACAGCUAUGUAUCAGGGCUUGAAGAGUGGCAUCUUCUUCUGGCCUGGAUCUGAGGUCGCCAUAAAUGGAACCUACCCAAACUUUUACAAAAUCUAUAAAAGAAGCAUUACAUUUGAAAAAAGAAUUUUCGAAAUUCUUCAGUGGCUUGAUUUGCCCAUCAAAGACAGGCCUGAUUUGUACACCCUGUACUUUGAGGAACCAGACUCGACAGGACAUCAAUUUGGGCCUAAUAGUAAUGAAGUGGGAAAAAAACUGAAGAUGGUGGAUGAGAUGUUGGGCAUGUUGAUGGAUGGACUUAAACAAAGAAACCUGCAUCGAUGUGUCAAUCUGAUUGUUUUAUCUGACCACGGAAUGGAAGAAUUUAGCUUUUCAAGGAUUGAAUAUAUGAGCAAUUACGUGGACAACGUUGACGACUUCUACAUGGGUUCUGGUCCAGCUCCUCGCAUUAGACCAAGCAAUGUCCCCAAGGACUAUUUCACAUUUGAUGCUGAAGGUCUUGUAAGAAAACUUACAUGCCGAUUACCUGGUCAGCAUUUCAAGCCCUACCUGAAACGUUUCCUGCCAAAGCGUUUCCAUUAUGCCAACAGCCUAAGGAUUGAAGAAGUUAAUUUGUAUUUGGACCCACAGUGGCAGGCUGGGCUGAAACAUGGUUCUAUCAAGUAUUUGACUGGGGGAUUCCACGGCUCUGAUAAUCGAUACAAAAACAUGAGGGCCCUCUUUAUAGCCUAUGGACCUGGGUUUAAAGACAACACUGAAGUUCAACCAUUUGCCAAUAUUGAAAUCUAUAAUCUGAUGUGUGAUUUGUUGGAGAUCACCCCUGCACCUAACAAUGGAUCUCAUGGGAGCCUGAAUCAUCUUCUGAAGAAACCUAUCUUUAACCCUACUCAUGCCAAGGAAAGGUCAUCACCAACUUCAUGUCCUUUUACCAAACUGGCUCCAAAUGAUAGUCUCGAAUGCUCAUGCAGUCUUCCGGCCUCAUUGUCAAGAAUCGUCAAGAAAUUAAAUCUUUCCUCGACUGAAGUGCAAAAUGCAAAUGCUCAACAUGUCCCAUAUGGCCGUCCAAGAGUUUUACAGGACGGCAGCAAGUACUGCCUCCUGCAUCAACAUAUGUACAUAAGUGGCUACAGUCAUGACAUUCUAAUGCCACUCUGGACGGCAUACACGAUCAACCAAAUGGACAAGCCAACUGCUAAUCUGUCAAACUGUUUGUUUGCUGAUGUUCGAAUCUCUCUGAACAGUAGCCAAAAGUGCUCAUAUUACAAAAAGGAUCACAACAUAAGCUACGGGUUUCUUUAUCCCCUGAACCUGCAAGACCAACAUGAUAAGUACGAAGGUCUGUUGACCAGCAACAUUGUGCCCAUGCACAAAGCCUUCCAAAAGGUGUGGAAUUACUUCCACAACGUUUUGCUGGUGAAAUACGCCAUCCGGAGAAAUGGUAUCAAUGUGAUCAGUGGACCUGUGUUUGAUUACGAUUUUGAUGGACACUUUGAUACUCCAGACAAAAUCCUAGAGUAUCUGCAAGAUAUAAAAGUGCCCAUCCCAACUCACUACUACAUAAUCCUUACCAGCUGCACCAACACCUCCCAGACCCCAACUCAGUGUAAAGACUCACUGCGUGUGCUGUCCUUCAUUCUGCCUCAUAGAACUGACAACAGUGAGAGUUGUGCGGACGGCAAGGAAGAGUCCCAGUGGGUUGAGGAGCGAGUUUGGAUGCACACAGCACGUGUCCGGGAUGUGGAGCUUAUCACUGGCCUCGAUUUCUAUCAGGACCGGAAACAGCCAGUCACAGAGAUUUUACAGCUAAAAACAUUUUUACCGCCUCUUGAAGAUAAAAUGUAAUUAUUUGAUUAAAGUGCUGACUGUUGCAGCAAGAUUUUUUAAGCUUUAAA